UUGUCAAUCUUUAGAUAUAUUUUGAAGAAUCCAUCUUUAAGACAGCAGAUCUAGAAAAUAUCAUUAUAUGUAUAAUGUAUCGUCCCUAAUCCAAGAUGGCUUCCUCGGCUGGAGGGGCGGUCGUUGGAGUUGCGGCGAAACAAGUGAAGCCUGUGCUCUCACAGAGCCUACCAGAGGCCAGACGAAGAGUCAGAAACCUGUACAGAGCAUGGUACAGAGAAAUACCGCAUGCGGUCCAUGCCUACCAGUUGGACAUCUCUGUAAAGGCAGGAAGGGAAAAAGUACGGGAGCUUUUCGUACAGAAUGCCAGUGUCAAGGAUCCCAGGGUCAUUGACCUUCUGGUUGUAAAGGGUCGACAGGACCUAGAGGAGACCAUCCACAUCUGGAAGCAGCGAACACACCUCAUGCGCUACUUCCACGAGACAGAAAAGAAGCGCCCCUCAGAUUUCUUAUCACGCUUUUAUGAAGGCCAAGACUAGCUUGUCAACAAAGAUUCAUGGACAUCUCUAACAGUAGAAAAUUUAACAACCAAAUGUGUAAUUUCCUGUGAUAACAACCAUACAUGUUUCUGCUGGACUGGAUUUUCCUUUAACUUGUGGCUCUUUACAGUAUGAGAUGAUCUUAAAACUGUCUUGCAUACCCAUAUAAAAACAUGUUUGUGUGUGCUGGUUGUUCAUAUUCCACAUGUAUAACGUUGACCCAUGAUGUUAUGUUUGGAGAGAGAUAGAUCAUCAAAGAUGAAAGUAUUAUAAAGUUUGAAACUGUGA